GAAAGGGUUGUUCUGCUCAGAGACUGUGUUUGUGUCGUACGAAGCGAGGGAUUGUUACUUAGAUUCGCGAAAGUUGCAGACACAGUAAGGAUUCAACAUGGCAGCAAUCAGGAAAAAGCUAGUCAUUGUAGGUGAUGGCGCCUGUGGAAAAACUUGCCUUCUUAUCGUGUUCUCUAAAGAUGAGUUUCCUGAGGUUUAUGUGCCCACAGUUUUUGAGAAUUACGUGGCCGACAUUGAAGUUGAUGACAAGACGGUAGAGCUAGCAUUGUGGGAUACAGCAGGACAAGAAGAUUAUGACAGGCUACGACCUCUCUCCUAUCCUGACACUGAUGUUAUUUUGAUGUGCUUCUCCAUUGAUAGUCCUGACAGUUUGGAGAACAUUUUUGAAAAAUGGACUCCUGAAGUCAGGCAUUUCUGCCCUAGUGUACCAAUCAUUUUGGUUGGUAACAAGAAAGAUCUGAGAAAUGAUGAAAAUGUAAAGAGAGAGUUAGCAAAGAUGAAACAAGAGCCUGUUAAAUAUGAGGAGGGAACUUUAAUGUGUGAAAAGAUCGAUGGCGAUGCUUAUUUGGAAUGCUCUGCUAAAACGAAAGAUGGAGUAAUAACUGUUUUCAGGACAGCCACAAGAGCAGCACUUGACGCUAAGAAAAAGAAGAAGAAGGGCAAGUGUACAUUGUUGUAAAAUAUACACUGUAUGGAAAAACAAUAACCUGGUGGUGAAACUUACAAAAACUGAUUGAUCUCCACAUACUGAGGUGACAGGAUUUGUUUUUGAAACCCAAAGGAGAAUUCUGUUGUAAAUUGUUGACCAUUCCUUCCUUUAUCACCAAAUAAAUACAGUCUUUUGGA